AUGUCUUUUUCUCAAGUUAAUGGAGUACCUCAGGAGUCCAAAUUAGCUACUUACAUGAAUCAUCAAACUUCAUCAGCACCUAUCAUCAAUAGCACUCUCACAGAUGCUAUUGGCUCCAUUAGCUUAGACUCAACUCCAUCCCUUGGCAAGGACUCUGUACUAUUAGUUCGUCGUGACUUACCUUCAUCCAAUAGUAUUAGACCUUUAGUCGCUACUAGUAAUGGUGAUAGUACAAACUUAAAUACACCUCCACCUUUAAGGGAAUCACCUGUUUUAAAUUCAUUAAUAAAUGAUUCAAUUGUACAUCCUGCUCCUGCUUAUCAUUACCAGGUUAAUCAGGAAAAUCUUGGAGGUACAACUUACUUUUACCCAGCAACCACUGUAGCAAGUGAAUCUUCUUCAAGUGGUGUAACACAAUUUCAGGGGUAUGCAGGAAAUCACAGUCAUUUAAACCAAGAAGAAACUUCCUUGAUCUCAUCUUCUCCAAGUUUUUAUGUCUCAGAUAGCAUUCGAAGUGAAAUUUUAGAAAAAAGUGCCCUAAUUAUGCUUCAACCAGAUCCUACACUUUAUCCAGAAUUACCUGAAUCAGUAGACAAUUACCAUGAAUUAGUACCUUUGGAACCUUUACCCAUUGGUGGUCCUUUGCAAAUCGGUCAUAGUUCUACUUAUAAGGCUACUCAUAUAAAAACAGGAAUUCGGUAUUGUUUGAGACGAAUUCAUGGAUUUCGCUUGUCAAGUUCAAAGUGUAUGGUUUUAGUCGAUAUGUGGAAGAGACUCAGUCAUGCGAAUAUUGUACAGCUAAAGGAAGUAUUCACAACAAAGGCUUUCGGUGACAAUUCUAUUGUUUUUGUUCAUGAAUAUCAUCCAGGUAGUGAAACUCUAUGGAACAGGCACUUUUCAUCAUCGGAAAGUACAGGCCCUACACCAUUUUCAUCGGAUCCUACAGCUCCUCGUCCAUAUAGCCAUACAAAAAAUACAUUGCUUCGACAUCAACAUUCCUCUAUGCUUCCCGAAAAUCUUUUAUGGAAUUAUAUUAUACAAAUAACUGCAGCCGUUAGAGUUAUUCACGGAGCCGGAUUAGCCUGCAGAACUUUAGAUCCGUCGAAAAUUAUAGUUUCAAGCAGAAACAGAUUAAGAAUAAGUUGCACGGGUGUAACGGACGUUUUAACACCUGAUACAAGCGGAACUAAUCCAUUGGCCCUCAUACCUCAUUAUCAGCAAGAAGAUUUAACAGCUUUGGGUAAACUUGUUUUGGCAUUAUCGUGUAAAUCACUUUUGGCUGUUCAACGUGAAAAUAUUCAAACGUCAUUGGAUUUAGUCGGUAGAACGUAUUCUUCGGAUUUAAAAAAUUUAAUAGUAUAUCUUUUACAUAAUCAAAAGCGACGCACUGUAACAGACUUAAUGCCAAUGAUAGGAGCUCGAUUUUACGCUCAGUUGGAAACUAUACAAACAUACGCGGAUGAUAUAGAAAACGAAUUGACCAAGGAAAUAGAUAACGGUCGACUCUGUAGACUUUUAGCUAAAUUAGGAACGAUAAACGAACGGCCCGAGCUUAGUCUAGAUCCGAGCUGGUCGGAAACCGGAGACAGAUACAUGUUAAAAUUAUUCAGAGAUUAUAUAUUUCAUCAAGUGACGGAAGAUGGUAGACCCUGGUUAGAAAUGGCCCACAUAGUACAAUGCCUUAAUAAAUUGGAUUCAGGUUCAUUAGAAAAAAUAUGUUUAAUGUCGAGAGAUGAGCAAAGCGUUUUGGUAGUUUCAUACGAAGAAUUAAAACAUUGUUUGGAACAAUCGUUUAACGAAGUCGUCACGUCGGCCACGGAAAAACCGUCCGGAUUGUAA